UUAGAUGCUCCCGUCUCUUCAGGAAGCCUGUACUCAGAAAAAUGCAGGUGUACUAGUACCUAACUCAAAGAACAGGGGAAUAGGCAAACACCUGUGAACUCUGGCUAUGCCUAUGAAAAUGCUUCCGGGGGAAGUUUUAAAACAUCUGGAGCAAGCACUCUGGUCCCCUCCUGCGUGCUGUCAAAUGAAAGAUUGCUCCUAGCUCAGGCUUCCAGGAUGCUCUUAGACCAGUCUUUUGUGACUCUAGCCACAAAUGACUCCUAUGUGAAAGGAGCACUCGUACUUGGUUCAUCCUUGCAACAGUACAGAACAACAAGGAAGCUGACUGCACUCAUAACUCCUCAGGUCUCAGAUCUUAUGAGGAAAUUAACAGAAAAAGUAUUUGAUGAAGUCAUAUUGGUAAACGUCUUGGAUAGCGGGGAUUCAGCACACUUGGCAUUAAUGAAAAGACCUGAGCUGGGUGUCACACUAACAAAGCUUCACUGCUGGGAACUGACGCAGUUUUCAAAAUGUGUUUUCAUGGAUGCAGAUACAAUGGUUUUGUCAAAUAUUGAUGAGCUUUUUGAGAGAGAAGAGCUGUCUGCAGCACCAGAUCCAGGCUGGCCAGACUGUUUUAAUUCUGGAGUUUUUGUUUACCGACCUUCCAUUGAAACAUACAAUCAGCUGUUACAGCUUGCCACAGAGAAAGGCAGCUUUGAUGGUGCAGAUCAGGGGUUAUUAAACACCUUCUUCAGCAGCUGGGCAACAACAGACAUGAGCAAACAUCUACCAUUUAUUUAUAAUUUGAGCAGCACUUCUGUAUAUUCCUAUCUUCCAGCAUUUAAAGCGUUUGGUGCAAAUACUAAGGUGGUGCAUUUCCUGGGAAGCACAAAGCCAUGGAACUAUACAUAUGACUCCAGAACAAAAAGCAUAAAAGGCAACAUGGAUGACCCUAAAAUAGUUCACCCAGAAUUCCUCAACAUGUGGUGGGAUACUUAUACAGCUAAUGUUUUACCAUUAUUAGAACAGCAUGGAGUUGUUAAAGAAAUUACUACAGGUGUAAACAUGGCAGAGGUUACAGAGGCAGUGUCCCACAUAUCAAUAUCAGCACCAUCACCAGUAUUACCAACUGUAUCUUCAGAAGAACACAAGGAACGGUGGGAACAGGGCCAAGCUGACUAUAUGGGAGUGGAUUCCUUUGACAACAUCAAGAAGAAACUUGAUACCUACCUUCAGUAGAAAUGCCUGUUUCAGACAGUGGUGAUGCAAGGACUUGUUCCAGAACUAACUGCUAGAAAGGUGUAGAUGGUGGUCGGUUACACUUGCCUAGUAGCUUGAUUAAAAACUUCUUGGCUGAAAGCCUCUGCAGUGCUACAGAUGAAGACUGAGCAAAAGCUAGGAAGCAGAAUUCCUUGGGCCACCUAUAACUGCCCAAUUUUCAAUUCUCCCCACUAGAUAAACCCAGGUAUUUUCAGCUUAAGUUUUCUUCUGUUGCGAUCAAUUGGCUCAACAUAUUCCUUGAAACUGGGUUUGUUACCUCACCUCAUUAAGGUGAUUAGCAUCGAUUCCUUUGCUUGCUGUUUUAGAUGUAAAAUCUACUUCAUGGGAUUGCUCAUGCACUAGUGUGGUAGCCAUUCUGCUUUACCAUAAAUGUAUUAGUGACACUGGGAUACAUACAGAUGUAACAGUAAUAGCACUGCUUUGCUCUUCCAGUCACAAUUGCACUUAAGUUUUGAUCAGGUUCUUAUGCACAGUGCCUACAGCAUGGCAGAAUGCAUUUUUCAGUUCUGUAUACUAUGGGACUAGUAAAAUGAGUUUUAUCUGUUAUUUGCAAUGUUGCACUUGAUACAAAAAUAAAAAGUUGUCAUGCA